UCUUAAAAAAAGAGAGGAGCGGCCUUUUGAUUAAGUUAACCUUAACUAAAAAUCUAGGUUAGAAAAAUAAACUUGAUGAUUGCGUGUACGUUAUUAAAAAGAACUAUGUCUCAAAGCAUUGGAAAUAGAAUUCUAAAUAACGCUGAAAUAGCUGAAAAGAAACUAGCACAAUUAAGGACAAAGCUAGAUGAAAUUAAGAAAAUCAAGGUUGAGGAAAAAAUACAGGCACUUACAGAGGAGAACAAAGAUUUAGCUGCCAAAGUAGAAGCUGCUAAAUCCAAUUUAAUAAGAUUAGAAACAUUGAAUGGUAAAAAGCAAUACGCCAUACCAGGCAAAGAAUCAGUUGCACCUGUUGAAAAUGUUAAGACAGAAGAUGCACCAGUUAAAUCUGAAAAACAAGCUGCUACAAAGAAGGCAAAGGAAGCUGUUAAGAAACCAAAAGAGAAAUCAGAGCCUGCUGGUGAUUCUAUCAUAGAUGUCAGGAAGUUAGAUUUUAGAAUUGGAAAAAUUAUUGAUGUGAACAAACAUCCUGAUGCCGACACAUUGUAUGUUGAGAAGAUUGACUGUGGGGAGGAUAAACCCCGAACUGUUGUCUCUGGUCUUGUAAAUCAUGUACCGAUAGAUGAAAUGCGUGAUAGAAUUGUUAUGAUACUAGCUAACUUAAAACCAGUAAAGAUGAGGGGAGUUACUUCAGAAGCAAUGGUAAUGUGUGCAUCAUCCCCUGAAAAGGUUGAAAUUCUCACCCCACCACAGGGAGCUGUACCUGGUGACUUGGUAGAGUGUGAAGGUUACCCUCGAGAGCCAGAAGCUGUACUUAAUCCUAAGAAAAAAAUAUUUGAAACCUGUGCUCCUGACCUCUUAACAAAUGAUGACAAAGUUGCAUGCUAUAAAGGAGCCCCUCUAGUUGUCCCUGGAAAGGGAGCAGUAGUAGCACCAACAUUAAAAGGAGUUAAUGUUAAAUAGAUAUUUUAUUAAGUUUGGUAUAUUUAAGGUAAUGCAAGAGAUUUUAAUAACAGUUUUUUGAUAUUCCACUGCCAAGCAUAACUGAUUCUCACAAUUUUUUAAUUAUCAUCUGCUUACACUACUUGUCUAAUUAGUCAGUAUCAGUGCCAUUUGAAAUCGGCAGCAGUGACCUAUUGUAGUAACUUAUUGUAUAUUUAUUAUAACCAUUUUAUUUUAUAUAAUAUGAAGUGUAGUACAGUGUGUUUAGGUGAUCAAUUUGCUUAAACCUUAACCAGAUUAAACCUAACCCUAAUCAGAUGUCUUCUUAAUUCAAGUUGUUAAACCAAAUGAGUUUUGAAUACACUUUAUUACAUCAAAAA